AUGACAUCCGAUAUGCUACUCCUUUACGGCAAAAACCUUAUGGAGAGAUCAACUGGUGAGCUGGCUAACGCAUCCCACGUCUACAUCAUCGCCCAAGCUGGCUUGUCUGUGAACGUUCACAAUCACCCGGUGGCACCAGCAGCAGAAGCAUCUGGAAGUCAAGAAGAUUCAGAAACGGCAACGCUAUUAUCACGUAGCAUUGCGAAUACACACGUCUACUUGUACGCUCAUUACGGUCAUGACAGGGAGACGAGCAGUGACGAAUCAACUCACUCUCGUUUGUGGUUUGUUAUCGCUGAAAGCCAAAUGCGUACUAUCAAAAGUACAAGCAUCCCUUCGCCAGAAGGUGAUGGUCGCGGCUCUUCAUUCAGCACUCCCCCCUCACCACUGAUUGUGAUGAUAACACUUGAGUUGGAUGCAAGGAUGUCUUUGAAACCAUGCUUACUGCAAACACCCUACAUCGGCGCCGACAUCAUCAAUGCAGAGAACGCAAAUAGCUACCAGUGA